AUGUUUACAACGAAGGAGUUUCGUAAAUUAUUGCUUGAAAUUCAAGAUAAACUGACGGAUGAGGAUAAGGAUAACUUUUGUUUUGCGAUUGCUGACGACGUUCCAAAAAAUUUACUCAAAAGCCCGUUAAUAAAAAUUUUUGAAGCUCUAAUCGAACGGAACAAGUUAGGACCUGAUAAUCUUACUCGGUUGAUCGAAGUGCUCGAAUGUAUAUAUAGAGAAGAUUUAGUGUAUGAUAUAAAUAAAAAAAUUGGAGCUUUAUCAGCAGCACCAAUUCAAACUCUUGAAACGGCUUCUUUACAACCACAUGUAAUACAACCACAAUUAAACGCACGUCUGUUUUAUGAACUACUAGCAGAUCAAGACAAAGACACACUUCAUCAGACCGAUGAUGCUGUUUUACCUGUGGAAGAAGAUCAACAACAACAACAACAUUCAGUUGAUGUUUCACGAUAUUCAGAUGCGAACGAGAUACCAUUAAAUUAUGAUGAGAUUGAUUUACAAAUGUUUGAAUCAGAUACAUGGACUGACGAAUUUUUACAACAAAUAAAUAUUAAAAUACGUCCAUAUAAUUAUCAAAUUGAAUUAAUUCAAAGCGCUAUUAAAGCCCAAAAUACAUUAAUUUGUCUUCGUACGGGAGCUGGCAAAACUUACGUAUCAGCAAUAUUAUUAAAAUAUUACUUUAUUAAAAAAAUGAAAACAAAUCCUGGAAAAUUUUUAUCAUUUUUUUUCGUUCCACGUCGAUCGAUUCUUAGACAACAAGCUGAUGCAUUGCGAACCGUUCAAAAUUUGCGUAUAGUAGUGUGUGAUGAGGAUAGCGAAGUGAAAAAAUAUGUUCCAGCAAAUUAUGACGUCAUCGUCUGUACACCACAGAAGUUAGUCAAUUGUUUGAAAGACAAGGCUAUUUCGUUAAAUGAUGUGGAUAUGAUGAUAUUCGAUGAAUGUCACAACAGUGUAAAAAAUCAUCCUUAUUGUCAGAUUAUGCAAUAUUUAUUAUGUUCGCAAAAUUUUUCAUUAUUUCCACGUAUUGAACGACCACCCAUAAUUCUCGGUUUGACAGCAUCGAUCGGUCUUCGUGGAUCUAGUAAUCUACCGGUGAUACACAAUCUUGUUGUUUUGUGUGCAACACUAAAUUGUCUAACAAUAUGUGCUGUAACAAAACCAUCUAAUGAACAAGAAUUAAAAGAACGAAUUAGUUAUCCAACUGAUGAUGAGAUAUUCGCUGUUGAUAGUGGUAUAAUUGAUGAAAAGUUAAGUAGAGAUAUGAAAAAUUUGAUAUGCAGUAUAUUUAAUCAUCAUAAUCCAUCAAAAUUAUAUCCUGAUAAAGAUGUUGGUGCAAAUGGUUAUGAACAAAAUAUCGUUUUGAUGCAACAGACAGCACAAAAACUACAAGACUUUCCAUCUGUAAUUAUGUUAACUUAUGUAAUUGCUUUAUCGAGACGUUUACAAGCCUUAUACGAUUUACCAUCGAAUUUAGUUUUAAGUGAUCUAAAUGAACACUUUGAUAUUUUUUAUAAGAAGAAAGAAGAUCCAAUACAACUAGAUACCGAUAUAUACAAUCGAUGUAAACGUAUGUUUGAUGAAAAAUUGAAGAGCUUAGCAAGAUCAGCAAAAAUUUUGACAAAUCCAAAAUUAGAUGUAGUUAUUAAUUUGUUAGUAAAACAUGCAACGAAUCCAGAUAGCCGAGGUUUAAUUCUGGUUCAACGAACGUUUUAUGCAAAAAAAAUAAGUGAUUACCUCAAAGGACAUCCACAAAUAGAAAAUAUUAUUCGUCCAGAUUGGCUUGUGGGCCAGAGUAGUAGCGAUUAUACAAAAACGUCGAAUGAACAAGAUUUAACACUUAAAAAUUUUCGUGAUGGAAAAUGCAAUGUGAUGGUAUCGACAGAUGUUGUACAAGAGGGACUGGAUGUUGCACAGUGUUCAUACGUUAUACGUUAUGAAUUUGUUUCUGAUGAAAUUGGUACAGUACAAGCACGAGGACGUGCAAGAGCAAAAGAUAGUUCUUAUUAUUUGAUAACUACAAAAGAAUCUCCUAAUCAUGAGAAAGAAAAAGGAAAUCGUGCACGAGAAUUAGAAAUGAUGGAUGCAUUAGAAAAAUGGAAAAAGAUGGAAUUUGAAGAAUUUAAAGGAAAAAUUUUAGUACAGCAAGAGCAACUUGUAGGAAGUUGGCUAGACACAUUAAAUAAAAGUUUAACUCGAUUACAAAUGCAAAAAUCGUCAUCUCUAGAUGGUACAAUUCAAUGUCGUUUUUGCGGUCAUAUACUAGGAGAAUUAGCGUGGUUACGAACACGUGGUACAAUGUAUUUAGUUUAUAAUCCAUUAUUUUUGGAAAAAAUUGAAUUUAGUCAAAGAGAACAACCAUUGAUAAAAAAAGAAAUCAAAAUAAAUGGAAAAGCGUUAUGCGGUAAUAAAGAAUGUCGAGUAGAGUUGGGUGGUUUGCAAAAUUUACUUGAUCGUCCUGAUCUUGGUGAAAUGUGUGCAUUACGCUGUGAAGCAAUCAAAAUUAAUGUUAUAGAAAAUGGUGAGGAACAAAUUAUACUGACGAAAAAAUGGAGUGAUUUACCAAUUUCAGUACCUCCUCUUGAAACCUUUUAUGAUAGAAAUGGUAUAAAUGUUGAUCAUAUAUGCAAAUUGUUAGAAAAUAGUCCACGUCAUAAAGAUGCAUUUAUUACAUGGAUAACGUCAUUAAAAAAUAUAUCAAAACGAGCAACAUUAAAACAAAUUUUUGAUGAGUUAGAUAAACGAAAUGCUUUCAAUAGAGACCCAAACGUAUUAGACACAAUAUUCAAAGGUAUUGGACGAUAUGAUUUAGCUCAAUUAUCAAGUCCUAAACCGCCGGAUGAAUGUUCUGUUAGUGAUAUCGAAUGUUUUAAGAUAAGACAUCCUGAACCAGAGAAAUCGUCUGAAGUACCUGAAAGAUAUCUGACAGGACCAGAAGCAGAAACGUUGCACAGUUAG